AUGUCGAAACCAGACGCUGCCAACGGCCAUGGCACCGCCCUCAACUUUAAGUUCGUUGAGACGCCCAAGGCCGGUCCUUUCACCUUUGAGAAGUCGGAGGACUGUGGUGUCCGCACCACCUCGUACCCGACCAUCAAGAAUGCCCCUCUGCCCGCCGAUGCCGCUGGCACAGAUGCCUUCUCCAACGCCGCCCUCUUUUCUCUCCUGAUCGGUGUCCCCUGGUACUUCUCAUGGAAGGUUGGUGGCGGCCUGAAGACAACCAUCUUCUUCGCCCUCAUCACCUCCCUGCCCAUCAUCUCUGGUUUCUGGCUGGCCACCUCAACCCUUGCCCCCCGCAAGAAUGAGAAGGCCAAGUUCCCCGGCCGCCCUGUCGAGCACUACCUCACCUUCAAGAAGCCCGAGGAUAAGGCCAAGUAUGCUGGCAAGAACAAGAUCCCCAUGGAGACCUUCCAUGAGAUGUACUUUGACGGCGAGGUUGACUUCAACGGUGACUGCCUUGAGGUUUUGGAGUACCGCCACGACUGGGCCAGCUUCCGCUUCACUCUCAGCUUGGUCAAGUUCUUCUUCACUGGCAUGAUUCCCGAGGUCAUUAUGCACACUCGCUCUCAGGAUGAGGAGCAGGUCCGAGACCACUACGACCGCGGUGAUGACUUUUACGGCUGGUUCCUCGGCCCGCGUAUGAUCUACACUUCUGGUAUCAUUGCCGACAUCAACAAGGAGGAGUCUUUGGAGCAGCUCCAGGACAACAAGCUUGCUGUUGUUUGCGAAAAGAUUGAGCUCAAGAAGGACGAGAAGCUUCUCGACAUCGGCUGCGGCUGGGGCACUCUUGCCCGCUUCGCCAGUGUCAACUAUGGCGCCAAGACCACCGGUAUCACUCUCGGCCGCAACCAGACUGCUUGGGGCAACAAGGCUUUGCGCAAUGCUGGCAUUCCCGAGGACCAGAGCAAGAUUCUGUGCAUGGACUACCGUGAUAUCCCCGUCCCUGAGGGUGGCUACAGCAAGAUUACCUGCUUGGAGAUGGCCGAGCACGUUGGUGUCCGCCACUUCCACGGUUUCCUCAAGCAGGUUCACAACAUGCUCGACGACGAUGGUAUCUUCUUCUUGCAGAUUGCUGGUCUCCGUAAGCACUGGCAGUUUGAGGAUCUCAUCUGGGGUCUUUUCAUGAACAAGUACAUCUUCCCCGGCGCCGAUGCCUCUACCCCUCUCGGCUGGUUUGUUGACCGCUGCGAGGGCGCUGGCUUCGAGGUCAAGAGCGUUGAUACCAUUGGUGUUCACUACUCUGGUACUCUCUGGAGAUGGUACAGGAACUGGAUGGCCAACCAGGACAAGGUUGUUGCCAAGUACGGCAAGAGAUGGUUCCGCAUCUGGGAGUUCUUCCUUGCCUACUCUACCAUCAUCUCUCGCCAGGGUUCCGCCACUUGCUACCAGAUCGUUCUCCACAAGAACGACAACGGCUUCCACCGCAUCGAGGGCACUCCUUCUCAGCUUGGUCUCCACGGCGCUCUGGCCAAUACCAAGGCUGACCUGACCGCCUGGGCUGCUCGUGAGGCUUCCGAGUUUCCCCAGGUGCCUGCCAACUAA